AUGGAGCGUCAUAGCGAGUACAGAAACGGAAUGAUGAGAAAAUCGAGCAAGAAAUAUUUGCACUUCGUAUUGUACCAUCCACGCUUGGUUUGCAGAAUUAUGGCUUCGAUGAACGCGGUAUUUUUUAUGGCAUUUAGUACGAUUUUGUUAUGUAAUUUGUGGUACACCGUUAAUCAUCAACACCAACCAUCUUCUACUUCCAAGACCAGUAACGAUGACGCAACUUUUGGUUUGGAUUCAAUAAUACCAGUCGGGUUGAUGUAUAAAAAUGAAGGUAAAGUGAUCACCAAAUCGUUGACCAAUUUAAGUUUUACUGGUACGCUGUGUAUUGUCAAUAUUCGUCUGGUAAUGGCAACAUUCAAUAGAAAUCUUUAUAGCAUAUACAUUUGGUUGUUAGUACAUACCACACACAUGUUAUAUUCAUUAUCCAUUAAUUUGUGGUUUGGUAUGUCCAAAGGUUAUAAUUCGCUUAUAUGUCUUGCUCUAUUCAAUACUAUGCUUUAUCUUCUGUUUAUAUCGAUUGUGGCAUUGUUUUGGUUGGAAGAGCGCCGCAUCAUACGCCUUCAAAUGCGGGCAUUCGAUAAAGCGGCUUCAAGUCAGGAACGUAUGGUCAAAGUUAUAAUAUAA